UCUCCCGGAUCACCUGGGGCGUGAUUGGUUGCUUUCGCUGCCGGGCCUGCCUUAGAGGGGAAAAACGAGCCAGACUGAGCAGGGCCUGGGUAAGCAAAAACAGGGUCAAAAACGUAGAUGACCAAUUGAUUGGUUGCCUGUAUUGGGGGUCUUGUCAUCGAGAUGUAGUUUUCACCCGGCGUUUGGUUGCAUACAUGCAUAUGAUUAGAAGUUAACAAGUACACUUAAUAGCGACCUGGUUUGGCUUGACACCGACGACCUCAUUUCCUCAAACACGUUGACUGCACCGUCGAAUUGGCCGGCGCCGGAGCCUGACUGGGCCGCUCCUGUACCCCCUCGUCGUAGAAGCCGUGCGCCACCUCCAUCUCCAGGCAACACCGCUCGAACACUGCCGCCUCCGACCACGGCCCCUCGCAGCUGUCCUUGAGCAUCAGCUCCCAGUACACCACGUAGUGCCUCGGAAUGGUCGUCGCGUCCGCCUCGCUCGUGUACUCCAUGAUGCUCGCGCCCUAGGGCCCCAGCUGCCUGGUCACCCGCUCCAGCGCUCAGCAAGAAGGCGUGCAGGAGGCGCUGGCGGGGCGGGCGCAGACGCGAGCGCCGCGCCCGGGAGGAGGCAGCGUCUACAGCGAGGUGGCCCGCUGGGGGAGGAAGCCGUCGGCCGGCGGACGAAGCAGCUGCGGCAGCAGGGCGCCGCCCCGGGCGCAAGGGGCUCCACCCCUGGUGGCGCAAGAGCGAGGAGACGAGGCGGAGCGAGGGGGCCGCCGCGUGCUUGCUAGCAGCGGGCGGAGCAGCGCGGUACGCGGCGGAGCGGGCGCCCGGGAGCGGAGUGGCCAUGGCCUCGGGUGCGAGGCGCGUGUGCAGGGGAGGCGAGGCAUGGAAGCAGGUGGCGAGACAGCGCAAGCCGCGGCCAACCGACGGGCGGGCGCGGGUAGCGCGGGGCCGUCCUGCGGGCGCGCGGGGAGGGGAGCGGCGGAGCCGCAGGGGGCCCGAGCGGGGUUGGAGCAGCGGGGCAGGAGGCAAUCGGGCGCGGACGGCGGCGGAGCUCUUCCCGCCGGAGACCCGCUUGGAGACGCUCGCGCAGUGGGUGUGCGUCGGCGUCACCGUGGUGCUCCCGGCCGCGCUCGGCGCGCUUGUGCGUCUCUGGCUCGCCCGGUGCUGCUACUGCGGCCGCGGCGGCGGCAGGCGAACGAUGGUGGCCCCCGGCCGCAGCGGCGCGUGCAUGCCGCGCGGCGCGUUCGAGGGUGAUCCCCGGACAUACUUCCGCGACCUCCGUGCAAAGAAGCCCCUGCUCCCAUGGCGGAUGGGAUCGCACUGGAGUAGAGGGAGAGAGAGGGGAUUGAGAAUUAGGGAGAGAGAGGGAUUAACUCGAGACACACGUCUCCACAGAGCCACCCACGUGCGUCUCGAAGCAUCGCUCGGGCCUGGAUCUCUGAAAACUGAUGAUUCGGCCGUUCCCAACGGGCCAGGGCCAAGGAUGCUUUAA